UUGUCAUUUAAAUUUGCUAGUUCAGUCAACAGGAUCGAUCUGGAUUCCCUACAUUUAUCCGAUCCUUGUGACGAGUAAAAAAACAAUGAAAAAGAAGGGUUUUUGAUAGAGCAGCUGAGGAGUCCACAUUAUGGGACAGAACAGAGCUGCCGGCCGGCACUUGUGAAGUUGCUGUGUUCAGGAAAGGAAAACACAAUUUUUAUUUUUAUCAAAUGACAGAAGAAAUUAGCAUGCUAGCAGCUAUUAAUUCAUCAAAAAGGGUAUGUAUUGCUGUCCAACGGUAAACCACUGGCAGGGUUGGAAUAUUAGUUUGAAACCGUUUCUCUCUUAAUUUUUAUACUAUAAGAAGUGUCAUCCGCUUUCAUUUCCGGUUAGCUAGCUAGGUGUUCUUAGCAAUUGAUUUCUCCGAACGUCAUCAAUCACGCCCGGGCUUGGAUGCUCAUUGCGUCCAUUUUUCAAGCCUGUAGCAAUGAAGAACUUGUUCAAUUCCCCAUUCAAAGGCAUCGUUGAAGACUUCAAAAGUAGAAAAGCAUGCUACAACCAAGAUUGGAGCAAUGCAUUGUGUUCCGGUCCCAGGAUAUUGGCUCCAACAACUUAUAUGUUCUUUGCUUCUGCUCUUCCUGUUAUCGCUUUUGGCGAGCAACUUAGCAAAGAAACAGAUGGAAGCUUGAGCACCGUUCACACGCUGGCUUCUACUGCUAUAUGUGGUAUCAUACACUCGUUGUUUGGUGGCCAGCCUUUGUUGAUCUUAGGAGUUGCAGAGCCCACUGUAAUAAUGUAUAGUUAUUUAUACAGUUUCGCAAAAGGAAACAAUGCGAUUGGGAAAGAGCUCUACUUGGCUUGGGUUGGAUGGGUGUGUGUCUGGACAGCUCUCCUGCUCUUUCUUCUCGCGAUAUUCAAUGCUUGCACAAUUAUCAAUAGAUUUACAAGGGUUGCCGGGGAACUUUUUGGCAUGUUGAUUGCAGUUCUUUUCAUUCAACAAGCUGUGAAGGGUAUAUUAGGAGAAUUCAGAAUCCCUGAACAUGAAGACCCAAAUUUAGAAAAAUAUAAUUUUCAGUGGUUGUAUACAAAUGGGCUGCUAGGUGUUAUAUUCACCUUUGGUUUACUAUAUACUGGUUUAAAAAGCCGAGGGGCAAGAUCAUGGCAGUACGGCACUGGAUGGUUUCGGACUCUCAUUGCGGACUAUGGAGUUCCUUUAAUGGUAUUAGCAUGGGCAGCAUUGUCAUUUGGUGUACCGGGGAAACUUCCUUCCGGUGUUCCUAGGAGGCUUGAAAGCCCUCUUCCUUGGAACACUGCAUCCUUGAAGCAUUGGACUGUAAUCAAGGAUAUGGCUAAGGUCCCACCAGCAUACCUAUUUGCUGCCUUCAUACCCGCUGUUAUGGUCGCUGGUCUUUAUUUUUUCGAUCAUAGUGUCGCUUCACAAAUGGCACAACAGAAGAACUUCAAUCUCAGGAAACCAUCUGCUUACCAUUAUGACAUUUUAGUCCUCGGGGUUUUGACUCUGUUCUGUGGAUUGAUUGGACUCCCUCCAUCCAAUGGAGUACUCCCACAAUCUCCUAUGCACACGAAAAGUCUGGCUGUGCUCAGUAAACAGUUGAUAAGAAAGAAGAUGGUAAAAGGUGCCAAGGAAUGCAUGAAGCAAAAUGCCAGCAACUCAGAAAUCUAUGGCAAGAUGCAGGCUGUGUUUAUAGAAAUCAACAGAACUCCACUGCCUUCAGCAGCUAAUGAGUUGAAGGACUUGAAGGAUACGGCUAUGAAAGAUGAUGAUGGAGGCAUUGCCUAUGGUAACUUUGAUCCUGAAAAACACAUUGAUGCUCACUUGCCGGUUCAAGUUAAUGAGCAAAGGUUUAGCAACCUUUUGCAAUCACUUCUCGUGGGAGUAUCAUUGCUUGCCAUGCCCAUAAUAAAGAAGAUACCAACAUCAGUGCUAUGGGGAUAUUUUGCUUACAUGGCUAUUGACAGCCUCCCUGGGAACCAAUUCUGGGAAAGAAUCUUGCUGCUUUUCGUUACCCCUAGUCGAUGUCAUAAGAUAUUGGAAGCUCCCCAUGCUUCAUUUGUAGAGAAUGUGCCCUUUAGGCAUAUUUCAAUGUUUACGCUUUUCCAAUUAGCAUACCUUCUCAUUUGUUUUGGAGUGACAUGGAUACCCGUUGCUGGGAUAUUGUUCCCCUUGCCAUUCUUCCUACUUAUAAGCAUACGUCAGUAUGUCCUUCCUAAGCUCUUUCACCCAUUUUACCUUCAUGAGCUGGAUGCGGCUGAGUAUGAGGAAAUCGAGGGAGCUCCAAGACGCGGGGGUGCAGUCUCAUUCAAGGAACGAAAUGGUUCGGUUGAUGGUAUAGAUUUAAGUUUAUGUGAUUCUGAGAUACUGGACGAGCUGAGCACCAGGAGAGGAGAGUUGAAGCUUAUAUCGAAAAGCUUCGGUGAUGAUAAGAUUUUUCAGGUGCAUCCUGGCGAGGAUUCGGAAGGCGGUCUUUGAAGAUUAUGAAAAGCAGCUUUCUGUAAGGGAUCAAGUUCACCUGGGGAGGGUUUGUGAAGAAACCGUAGCGUGUUAAUGCAACUGGAUUUGAUCUGUGCAAUCUCUAAAAUAAUUAUUUUACAGUCUUAAAAAGAAUUCUACCUUUAACAGAGAGAGAAUAAGUAGAGCAGCAGCUCAAUGAUUUAAGCCUCUAAUCAAUUUGGUUAUAGUGAUCCAAGUCAUAUGGACUAUACUUGUAAAUUUGCUGAUCCACAGUUUAUGAAUAAAUUCAUCAACGGUCAGGAAAACCUACAAAUAUUAUCAUCUUAGCUCUAGCUUAAGAAAGUAUUGUACAAAAAAUACUUUUCUUGCCUUAAUUUGGUCUUCAAGAAGCAAAGCCUAGCUGCGAUUCUCACAACCGCAGAUAAUUA